AUGACGACGGCGUUUCCCGGCGGAGCGGCAAUCAGUUCACCACCGGAAAGAAGACUUGGCAGGUCAGCAUUGACAAUUCCCUGGAUGCAAGGAUCGCGUUCUGCCAUAGCAGAAUUGGUCGGACUGCUUCCCUCGCGAGAAGUUGCUUCCUUACUAGUCGACACAUAUUUCGACCGCGUGCACUGGUUCAUACUGAUAUUUCAUCAAGAUGACUUCCGGCGGAACUGGGAAGAGAUGUACGAGUUCUCGGCUGAGGAUCUCAUAAUCAAAUAUCCGAAUCCCGGGUUUAUCAGUACCUUUCUCGUUGUGAUUGCCAUCGCCCUACAAUACACAGGCUCCCACCGACAGGAAAUUCUGCGAAAUCACAGUGUCUGCCAUUCGGAUCUGAAAGAGGGGAUAUUGUCUACCAUUAGAGCCAGACUAUUGGAUAUUGUAUCUCUCGGCUCGCUAGAAGCAGUCCAGACGUGUGUCUUGCUGGGUACAUAUUACCUAUACCAUGGAAAUCCCGGUCUUGCCUGGCCGGUGUGUGGUUGUGGAUUACGCGUCGCGCAGGCAUUAAAUUUGCAUCGCAAGCUUGCCACAGAUGAUGCGGAUACCAGAUCACCCGAGACACAGCGGCUUGCUGAAACACGCAAGCGUUGCUGGUGGGCUAUCUACGAGAUCGAGACAUUUUGCUCCAUGUCAUAUGGAUAUCCACACGGGAUCAAGGAUGGGGAUUGCGAUGUUGAGCUAUUGGACCCUUUGGCUACAUCGGCCGGCCAAUCCCCUGCAACCUUUGACUCAACGCACCAGUGCCCAGCGAGCCUUUUAUCCUACAAAUACCUCAUGUCCAAACUUUCUGUUCUGAUUAAGGACAUCUUGACAGAUCUGUAUAGAAUAAGCCAUCAGGGGGCUAAUCAAAAUGACAGUCUGAACUCCCGGAGUUUGCAAAACCUUAUCCGCAAGGUAUCACGCUUAGAUGAUCGGCUUCGAAAAUGGAAGAAAGAGAUACCAGCGACUUUAAAUCCGAGUACUAACACUGCAAACUACACUUCUGUGGAGGAGAUGGAUGCCGAAGUUGGUGCCUCGGGACCCCGAUUCGAGCAGCACAUCUAUCAGCUCCAAGCCCUUUCCCUCGAACUUGCGUAUGAGAAUGCGCGAAUCCUCCUCCACCGCCCCCUUAUUGCCUACAGAGUAACUCCCCGUGCCGAGACCGAGACCGAAAAUCAAACCCCUUGUCGAAAUCCCCUGCACUUCUCGUUAUCUGCGUGUCGAGAUGCUGCAUUGCACACAUCAAAUCUCGGAGAGUCUCCGAUCUUCCUCCUAGCCGCCGAUACCUACGCCGCUGCAUUCAUCGGUAUUCACACUUUUACCGCUGGUGUGAUGCUUUGCAUCUUAACUAGUAUCAAACCGCUCAGUCCGCAGUCCCAUGAGUCUAAAAUGGGACUGCGACGCUUAAUAAAGAUGCAGACGCAUUUGAAAUCGAGGACUGAGUCAACUCUCGCAUCACAGGGCUUGGAAAUUCUGGAGCGCUUGACUAGAUUGGUGAUGGAGAAGGAACUGAAGGAGAUGCUCGCUAGUAACAGUGUCGCCCAACAAACUCCCCAAUCUACGGCACAGCGGAUCGAACCCACAGGAUAUGGGAAUAUGGCCCAGGCUCCUACACAGGGUCAAUACCAAGUUGCAGAAUUUCCGGAAUCAAUACAAAACGAAGAAACUUUCGACUUUAUCCAAGACCCAGCCAUGUCCCAGGCUCUUCUCGACUUUGACCAGGUUCUCUCGGGAAAUGACAUCAAUAUUCCUCUCGAUCCGCUUUUCCCGGAUCUUGCCGGGCCUGGAAAUGGCUUUACACAAGAGCAAGCCUGGAUCUGGGGAAUGGAUAAUUUGCAACGAUUUCCAGGCACUGAAUGA